AAAAGGAAAUCGCGAAUGGCAUAUGCUUUGACCAGUAGAUGAGGCCGUGAUUCCUAAGGAUCGCCCUCCAACCCCGGCCAACAGACAGACAGAGGGAGCAGAGAGAGAGAGAGAGAGAGAGAGAGAGAGGUUUGAUCGAUCGAUCGAUCGCGAACAUGUGGUGUGCGUCUUGUGUUACCUCUUGCUGCGCCAGCUGCACCUGCGGCCUCUGCACCUCCGUCGCCGGCAGCAUAUCCCGCCGCUCCGCCCGCCUCGCCUAUUGCGGCCUCUUCGCCCUCUCCCUCAUCCUCUCCUGGAUCCUCCGCGAGGUUGCGGCCCCUCUUCUCGAGAAGAUUCCAUGGAUAAAUACUUUCACCGAUGCUCCAUCAAAAGAAUGGUUUCAAACCAAUGCUGUCCUUCGUGUCAGUCUUGGAAAUUUCUUGUUUUUCACAGUAUUUGCUCUCUUGAUGAUUGGCGUCAAGGACCAGAAUGAUAGACGGGAUUCAUGGCACCAUGGUGGAUGGAUAGCAAAAAUAAUUGUGUGGAUAGUGCUCAUUGUUCUUAUGUUUUUUCUUCCAAACAUAGUGAUUACAAUCUACGAAACAUUAUCCAAAUUUGGUUCUGGAUUUUUCCUUCUGGUUCAAGUGGUUAUACUUCUUGAUUUCACACACUCAUGGAAUGACUCCUGGGUUGAAAAAGAUGAGCAGAGAUGGUACGUGGCUUUACUGUCUGUAACAGCAGUAUGCUACCUUGCUGCUUAUGCACUCUCAGGAUUGCUUUUCGUCUGGUUCAAUCCCUCUGGUCAUGAUUGUGGCCUCAAUAUUUUCUUUAUCGUCAUGACAAUGAUACUUGGUUUCAUCUUCGCCAUUGUUGCUCUUCAUCCUCAGGUGAAUGGGAGCUUGUUGCCUGCGGCUGUAAUCUCAGUUUAUUGUGCAUAUGUAUGCUUCACUGGCCUCUCAAGUGAGCCGAGGAAUUAUGCGUGCAACGGUCUCCAUAACCAUGUCAAACAAGUUUCGACCGGUACACUUGUACUGGGAAUGCUCACCACAGUUCUCUCUGUUGUCUACUCGGCAGUUAGGGCUGGAUCAUCUACUACAUUUCUGUCACCUCCAUCCUCUCCCAAAUCAGGUUCGAGAAUUCCACUGCUCGGAGGAAGUGAUGCUGAUGCAGAAACAGGAAAACAAGAGAAGAAAGACACUGAAGCGCGGCCAGUUAGCUACUCGUACACAUUCUUCCACCUUAUCUUUGCCCUGGCAAGUAUGUACUCAGCCAUGCUUCUCACUGGAUGGUCCAGCUCAACUUCCGACAGCUCAGAGCUGAUCGACAUAGGUUGGACGUCAGUGUGGGUUCGGAUCUGCACCGAGUGGGCCACAGCUGCUCUAUAUAUCUGGACUUUAGUUGCUCCAUUGGUCCUGCCUGACCGCGAAUUCUACUAGUCAACUUGCCCUGAACAAAGCAGGUCACGUAUCUCUACGUGAUUUUAGUAAUAUUGUGCUAUUAGUAUGUAAAUAGCAAUAUGGGUAAUGAACAGCAGCAGAAGUUGAACACAUUAAACUAUUUUCGUCUAUCAUUGUGAAACUAUUUGCUAUUUUGUGAUUGUCUAGAUUCAGUAAGUUUGCCGCGGUUUGCCAAAAGUAGAAUUCAGUUAUCUUCAUUCUCACUUUUACA